AUGGGCUCCAUCAGUGCAGCAAAUGCAGAGUUUUGUUUUGAUGUAUUCAAAGAGCUGAAAGUCCACCAUGCCAACGACAACAUCUUCUAUUCCCCCCUAAGCAUCAUUUCAGCUCUGGCCAUGGUCUAUCUGGGAGCAAGAGGUAACACUCAGUCUCAGAUGGAGAAGGUUCUUCACUUUGAUAACGUUACAGGAGUUGGAGACACUACUGAUCCCCAGUGUGGCAUUUCUGAAUACAUCCAGAAGUCAUUCAAGGAUCUUCUCUCAGGCAUCACAAUGCCAAAUGCUACACACUCACUCAACAUCGCUGACAGAAUCUAUAUUGAAAAAACAUACCCUGUUCUGCCGGAAUACUUAGAGUGUGCGAAGAAAUUCUACAGAGCGGGACUGGAAGAAGUUGACUUCAAAACAGCUACAGAGGAAGCAAGACAGCUCAUUAAUUCCUGGGUGGAGAAAGAGACAAAUGGACGGAUUCAAGAUUUCCUUGUGUCAGGCUCUGUUGAUCUUGAUACUGCACUGGUCCUUGUGAAUGCCAUUUACUUCAAAGGGAUAUGGAAGACAGCGUUUAAAGAAGACAACACUCAGGAAGUGCCCUUCAAUGUGACAGAGCAAGAAAGCAGACCUGUGCAAAUGAUGAGCCAGAACAGCACCUUCAAAGUGGCAGCGGUGGCUGCAGAGAAAGUGAAGAUCCUGGAGCUUCCGUAUGCAGGCGGAGAGCUGAGCAUGUUGGUGCUGUUGCCUGAUGACAUCUCUGGCCUGGAGCAGCUUGAGAACAAAAUCAGCUUUGACAAACUCAUAGAAUGGACCAGUCCCAAUGUGAUGGAAAAGAAGAGAGUGAAAGUGUACCUCCCACGCAUGAAGAUUGAGGAAAAAUAUAACCUCACAAGUGUCUUGACGGCCUUGGGUAUGACUGACCUGUUCAGCCCUUCAGCCAAUCUCUCUGGCAUCUCUUCAGCAGAGAGCCUGAAGGUGUCUGAGGCCGUCCACGAGGCGUACAUGGAAGUCAGUGAAGAGGGCACCGAGACGGCAGGCUCGGAGGGUGUGAUGGGAGACAUUGAACAGUCCUCUGAGUCUGAAGAGUUUAGGGCUGACCACCCAUUCCUUUUCUUAAUCAAACACAACCCAACCAACAUCAUCCUCUUCUUUGGUAAAUAUUAUUCUCCGUGA